AGCCACCGUUCUCCGCCGCACCAUGUCUCUGGCGAACUCCCUCCUCCUCCUCCUCUCCCUCAUCUUAUCCCUUUCUUUCUCCUUCUCCUUCCCCUUCGACACGGCUUACCACAUAGAUUGCGGCAGCUCCACCACCACCACCGAUAAGUUCAACACAACUUGGCUAUCUGACCGCUACUACACCGCCGGUUCUAAUGGUCUCGUCUCUGAACCGCUCGAAUUCCAGUCGUUCCAUGAGAAGACGCUCCGUUACUUCCCUAUCUCCUCCGGUAAGAAAAACUGCUACAUUUUCCCGGAGCUUCCUCCCGGGAGAUACUAUCUUCGGACUUUCACAGUCUAUGAUAACUAUGAUGGCAAGUCUCAUUCUCCGAGUUUUGAGCUCUCCGUCGAGGGAACUUUGGUAUUUUCUUGGCGGUCGCCGUGGGAAGAAGACAUCAGUCGUUUCGGUGCUUACUCGGAUCUUAUGUUUUUUACUUCCGAUGGUGAUGCCGAUGUGUGCUUUUACAGCAUUGCUACCGAUCCUCCUGUCAUCGGUUCGCUCGAGCUUAUCCAGAUCGAUCCGGCUUCAUAUGACCCCGUUUUGACCGGUAACGACUCUUCGAUUCUCGUGAAUUAUGGCCGGUUGACUUGUGGUUCGAGUCAAUGGGGGCCAGGGUUCAGCAACGAUACUGACGUUUUCAACCGCGCUUGGCAAUCUGACGCUAAAUUCCGAUCAUCGAACACCGUAGGGAUUAAAUCUGUUACGGCGGUGAGAAAUGUGAUCAAUACGGGUACCAGUCCUAACUAUUUUCCAGCCAAGUUAUACGAAUCCGCGGUGACCUUGACCGGAAAAGGAAACUUAGAAUAUGAAUUGCCGGUGGAUGCGAAGCAGGAUUAUCUUGUAUGGCUUCACUUCGCGGAGAUUGAUGUGAGUGUGAAUGCAAAGGGGAAAAGAGUGUUUGAUGUUAUUAUAAACGAUGAAAAUGUUACCAGAAUCGAUAUAUUCAAGGAAGUUGGGGGUUUUGCUGCGUAUAGUUAUCAUUAUGUAGCUAAGAAUUUGAGUAAUACACCAUUGACUGUGAUGCUUGUUGCUGUUGUUGGAUCGCCUCUUAUUUGUGGGCUUGAGAAUUAUGCCAUUGUUCCAGCCGAUAUCAUGACUGUGCCUGAGCAAGCUGCUGCUAUGCAAGCAUUAAAGGAGACAUUACGUGUUCCUGAAAGAAUGGGUUGGAAUGGUGAUCCUUGUGCUCCUACUACUUGGGAUGCUUGGGAAGGUGUUACAUGCCAUCUCAACAAGGAUGAAUCUGCUCUUGUGAUCUUUCAGAUAGAUCUUGGGAGCCAAGGUUUGAAAGGCUAUAUUAGUGAUAAAAUUGAUCAUCUGACUAACUUGGUAAGCUUGAACUUAAGUUCUAACUCUUUAGGAGGUACUCUACCUGCUGGGUUGGGGCAAAAUUCUCUUAAGAAACUGGAUUUAUCGGACAAUCAGAUUUCUGGGUCCAUACCCGAUAGUUUAACUUCUUCAAAUCUACAGCUUGUGCUCUUGAAUGGUAACAAACUGGAAGGGCAAGUGCCAGAAGAGCUAUACUCAGUUGGUGUCCAUGGCGGAGCUAUUGACCUUUCUGGUAACAAAGGCCUGUGUGGUGUACCUUCUUUGCCAGAUUGUCCUUUGUUCUGGAAAAAUGGAGGCCUAUCGAACGGUGGUAAAAUUGCAGUAGGGAUAUCAUGCGGUGUUGUCUUUUUAUUUGUGUUGGUGAUAGUAUAUAUUUGCAUCAGGAGACGGCGGAAUGACUAUGACUUUGGUCUACCUCAGGAGUUGAUGUCUCUUGCUGCCAAGAGGAACAAGUACCAGAGACAAAAAUCCUUGAUGGCUCUUGAAAUGGAAAGCCAACAUGCGAAAGGGUUCAUACCAAGUUACACUUAAAACUAACUCUAUUGUUGUCUUGAGUUCUAGAUACACCUUUAGUUCAACACGAUGGUGCAGAGCAUGUGGAUUUGUUCGUACAAAAGUGCACACGCAAACCUACAUCUUUCCUGAAUAGCACGGAUGCAAAUCUUGGCGACAAUUUGCACCAGGUUCUGGGAUAACUUAUAAAGUUUAAACCAACUGUCAAUAGAAUGUGCAAUGUACCAUCUACCUUUGUUUUAUUUAUUUUCAUAUAAAUAUGAUAGGCGAUUUGCCAAAUGCCACUCGUGUAUCAUCGAUCAAUUUUCGGCAUUUGUUGAAUGUAGAUUUAAAACUCAAAAUUGUUGAAUCCCAUAUACACAUAUAGCAACACUUACGGUCUCGUGCAAUGUGGUGUGGUUACAAUGAA